AUGGUGACCUUCUCUGAGACGACACAGGCCUCCCCCAUGGAGCUGCGUGAGCCGCCCUGCCUGUCCGCAACCCUGUCCCCUGGGCUGCGGCGGAAAAAGAAACUGUGGCAGAAUGCUGUAAAACACAUCAUUAUCCAGCAGGAGCUCAGUGCCCAGGUGGGUGUGGAGCCAGCCAGUAAAAUCUUUGUGACAGAUACCUACAUGGACGAGAUCAACAGACAAAUCCGCAACAAGGCUACCCGCGGGUACACAAAACGCCGCUCCUCCUCAAUCAGAGUGCACCCUUCCCGUUCCCGUGGUUCCAACAGCACCCAAAACAGGGGUUCUUUCAACGAAUACGCCAGCGAUGCCGACUUCUUCGUGCACUGGGGCCACACUAUUCGUGGCGUCUACAUACCCAGCCUUAGGCACACCUUUAAGUCUUGUGAGUUGGAGAAACUCUAUCAGCAACACUACUCCCACCAAAGACGCAACUCUCUAGCCAUUACUAAUGUGAUCGAUGCCUUGGCCAAGUUACACGUAUUGGUCAUGUACCUUGCACUGGUCCCUGAAACGGUCACGGACACUCUGCGAGGCUGCCUAACAGGGAUUUUCAUGGGGUUAGCUGUAGCGCUUUGCAUCGUGGCGUUGACCUGCAAAGACUCCAUUUCCCCACGGUGGCUUCACUACGCUGGCCUAGCUAGCUGGUUGUCGCAGACCGCGCAGGUGCUGGGAGGACUGGUGUACGGACUGGAGAAGGACCCGUCGUGGUAUGUUUUGUUCACAUUGUUCGCCACAUACACGCUGCUGCCGUUACCUCUGCUGUGGGCCAUGUGCGCCGGCUCCACCACCUCAGUACUGCACCUGCUAGUGGAGAUACUGCGCUACUACAAUGAUGCGGUGCUUUUGAGAAAGGUGUUUGCCAAAGGCCUGCUGUACCUUGGUAUGAACACAGCCGGCUUGUUCAUCCACUACCUGACAGACCACGCCCAGAGACAGGUCUUCCUGGAGACGCGGCGCUGCAUUGAGGGUCGCCUCAAACUCGAGCAAGAGAACCAGAGACAGGAGCGUCUGGUACUGUCCAUCCUGCCUCGUUUUGUUGCAUUGGAGAUGAUCUCUGACAUGAGCUCUUUCGAUGAUGAACUCAACCCUCAGGAGUUUCACAAGAUCUACAUCCACCAGUACAGAGACGUCAGCAUUCUUUUUGCAGACAUCAAGGGCUUCACCUUGUUGUCCAUGAACCUGUCGGCCCAGGAUCUGGUCCGAACCCUCAACGAGCUCUUUGGACGCUUUGACCGACUGGCAGAUGAGCACCACUGCCUGCGGAUAAAGAUACUGGGGGACUGUUACUACUGUGUGUCAGGGGUCCCUGAGCCACAGCUUGCCCAUGCCCGUCAUUGUGUUGAGUUGGGCCUGGACAUGAUCAGCACCAUACGGCAAGUGCGGAAGCAGCUGAAAUUUGACAUGGACAUGAGAAUUGGGAUCCACUCGGGUUCUGUCCUGUGUGGGGUGCUCGGCCUGCAGAAAUGGCAGUUUGACGUCUGGUCCUGGGACGUGGGUAUUGCCAACAUGCUGGAAGCCGGGGGCAUACCAGGACGCAUCCACAUCUCAAGGGCCACUCUGGACUGUCUAGAAGGCACCUACCAGACAGAAGCCGGUCAUGGCCGUGACAGGAACGAGUUUCUGCUCAAGCACAACAUCGACACUUUCCUCAUUUGCCCUCAGGAGGAAAAGAAAAAGGUUGAUCGUGCUGAGCCACCCAAAGUCCAGAAAACUAAUCGAACCUGGCACCCAGAGCUGCCCUUCCAAAGAAACGCCAACGACAUGAACAGUAUACUGGCCUCCUUUACGAACGGAUCUCUGCCCAACAUAUGGCAGUCCACCUCCAAGGAGAUCAACAAACGCAUCAAACACGCUAUUGAGGUUCAAAGCAGUGAGCGCAUGCACCGGGAGCACAUCACUCCUCUGACCCUGGUGUUCAAAGACACACACAUCGAGGAUAAGUUCUCCCAGAUGAGGGAUGAAAUGUUCAACUCCAACCUGGUCUGCUCCUUCAUCAUGCUCCUCUUUCUCAUGGCUGUCCAGGCCCUCAUUCCUGUGCCCAGACUGGUCCCGGCCGUCCUCCAGUUUUCCGUCUUCCUGCUCGUCUACAUGCUUCUGCUGCUGUUGGCCCUGGCUGAAGAGUUCAGGAGCACUCCUUCACUACUGCAGGACUUGGGCUGCUGGAUCCAUGAAAACAACAGUGCCCGCAAUCUCCUCACCCUUACCGCCAUUGUCAUCAACUUUGGCUUGGUCUCUACUGACAUGGUAUGGUGCAUUCUCGCAGACACAGGGGAGGCAGAUGUAAUGGACAGAACCAACACAGCCUCACGUCCACUCACCGUCUGCACUUACCCUGAGGUCUACAUAUUGAGCGCCGUCAUCGCCAUGGUGACUUGUGCUGUGUUCCUGCGUCUAAACUCUCUGCUGAAGCUGGCGGUGUUGCUGUUGGCGAUGGCCGUCUACUCCUACCUCAUCCACCUGGCCUUCCUCACACUCACACGCCAAGAUACACUGCAAAAAUCUCACUAUGUCAGGAGAAAAGGAAUCUCCAUCCUUCUCAUGGCCAUGUUUAUUGUUGCUGUCUUCUACAAUGGACGGCAGUGGGAGGCCACUGCCAGACUGGACUUCCUGUGGCGUCUACAAGCCCAACAGGAAGUGGAAGAUAUGAGGGAAUUGCGGGAACACAACGAGUGUCUGUUACACAACAUCCUGCCGCUGCAUGUGGCGAGACAUUUUUUGGACCGGAGCAAGAAUGAUGAGGAGCUUUACUCCCAGUCCUACAAUGAAGUUGGUGUCAUGUUUGCCUCCAUCGCCGGAUUCAACGAGUACUUUGAACAGAAAGAGAUCAAACAUGAAGGAGUGGACUGCCUCCGACUUCUGAAUGAGAUCAUUGCUGGCUUUGAUGAGUUGUUGGAGGAGUCGUACUUCCAAUAUGUGGAGAAGAUCAAGACCAUUGGGAGCUGCUACAUGGCCGCCUCUGGUUUAGCUCCAGACAGACAGGCGUCUAUGGAUGAAUGGAAUCACCUGAGUGAGCUUGUUUUGUUUGCAUUGGCAAUGCAAGAGACCUUGAAAGAGAUUAACAGGUUUUCUGCCCAAAACUUUCAGCUGCGUGUCGGCAUUGCCCACGGGCCGGUGGUCGCAGGGGUGAUCGGUGCCACCAAGCCGCAGUAUGACAUCUGGGGGUCAACGGUGAACCUGGCCAGCCGCAUGGAGAGCACAGGUGUGAGCGGACGCAUCCAGGUAGCUGAGCCCACGCGCAGGAUCCUGGCAGAUUGGGGAUUUAUCUUGGAGCUACGCGGAGAGAUCUUUGUCAAGGGGGUGAGCGAGUGUCAGGGGAAAGUCCGCACCUAUUUCAUCAGCAACAUGCGCAGCAAGAGGGCCACCGUCGGACCAGAAGGAGGCCUGGGGUUGCGGACAGGAGGACGCAUGUCGCUUGCAGAGGUGGUGUUUGGUCUCGUCCACGCCCAAAACAAGGAAAAGAUGAGAGAUACCAGCGGGGCGUUCGGUCGGACUCCCUGCAACCUUCAAUGCUGA